CUCAUUGGCCUUGGCUGCAUACCAGGGGUCAUCACUCUUUAUUUUCGUCUUACUAUCCCAGAAACUCCUCAUUUUACCAUGGACAUCAAACGCAACAUCAAUCAAGCCUCUGCUGACAUUAAGACUAUCUUGGAUGCAAAUAAUCCUCCAUCUGAGGAGCAAAAUAUUAUCCACAUUGAGACCCUGAGGGGAACCUGGUCAGAUUUUAUUGCUCAUUUUAGCCAAUGUUCCAACUUCCAAGUCCUUUUUGGAGCUGGUUACUCAUGGUUCACUCUCGAUAUUGCUUUUUAUGGCUUGGGUCUCAAUUCUGGUGAUAACGCUGAACAUCAUUCUUGA